GAUGAAGCUGGGAAAAUGAACUAAGCUCUCUUUUAAGCAGGGAGGAAAGUAGCAAGUUCAGUGAUGGGGAACUAUAGUUUACCCAAUCUCAUUGUCCUGCUUCUGAACUUGGGAGCUUUGCUUGCUUCUUUUGCUUGUCCUCUAUGUCCCCGUCCAACUCCUCCACCCAACUGUCCUCCAACUUUCCCACCCAAACAUCCUCCCAUUGUGAAGCCCCCAUUUCACCCCAAACCACCAAAACAUCCGCCUCAUCAUCCUCCCAACCCUCCCGUCGUAAAGCCUCCUCAUGUACCCAAACCUCCUGUCGUUAAUCCCCCACCACCUCACUAUCCUAAACCCCCAGUCAUUUCACCACCACCAAAGCCUCCCGUCUACCCCAGUCCUCCUAUUGUAAAGCCGCCAGCGCAAAAGCCUCCCGUCUACCCCAGUCCUCCCAUUGUGAAGCCGCCAGUUCCAAAGCCUCCCGUCUACCCCAGUCCUCCCAUUGUGAAGCCGCCAGUUCCAAAGCCUCCUGUAUACCCAAGUCCUCCCAUUGUGAAGCCGCCAACACCAACGCCUCCUGUAUACCCAAGUCCUCCCGUUGUGAAGCCACCUCCAGUGGAGACCCCUUGUCCACCACCACCACCUGUGCUAUAUCCACCACCCCCGGCACAGCAAACAUGCCCCAUUGACACUCUCAAGCUAGGCGCAUGUGUUGAUGUGUUAGGUGGCUUAGUGCACAUUGGUAUCGGCAGCAGCGCCAAGGACACAUGUUGCCCAGUGCUUCAAGGGUUGCUAGACUUGGAUGCUGCUAUCUGUCUUUGUACCACAAUCAAGGCCAAGCUUUUAAACAUCAAUAUCAUAAUACCAAUUGGCCUUCAGGUCCUCAUCGACUGUGGCAAGACUCCACCUCCAGGAUUCCAGUGUCCAGCAUAAGGAUAGUACCCCUUUUUGGACAAUAACAUCAUGUUCAUUUGGACAAUAACAUCAUGUUCAUCUCAUGACAAGAAGUUAUAAUUGUCGAAAAUUUCGAGUUUCCCCAUAAAGAUAUAUUGAGGCAUGACAAGAUGUGCUGAUGUAUUUCUUAGUAGGUAGUGUUCCGAGUUCCUAGGGAGGAGUUGUGCUUCCAAGUUUUCUAUUAUGUUUUUAAUUUGAUUUAAUCGCCACUUACAUUUGUGGUGCUGCUUUUUCUUUCAAUGUUAUUUUGAUGAUACAAUAAAGUGUCCAAAAAUAGGCAUUCUAUAAAA